UUUUCCGGGAAAAUAUUUGGCGGCGGAAAACAACAGAGUGAAAAAAUAGAGAAAAUCUGUAAUACAUCCCAAAUAGUCCCUGAAUUUCUCAAUCUACAUAAUCAGAAUGGAAGAAGGAGAAGAAAUCACCAUAGAUAAGAGCUUCCCUCUCUUCUCCAAAUCCUCGAAAAACCCUAAACCCCGCUCAAAACCCAACCCCAAACCCUUCGCUGGCGCCGCCGAUGAUGACUCCGACAGCGGCGGAGGAGAACCGCACGUGGAGAAAUCGACGGAUGCCUCGUCGGCGGCGUCGUUCAAGGAACUCGGGCUUGCGGAGUGGGCCGUGCGGACGUGCAAGGAGCUCGGGAUGAGGCGGCCGACGGUGGUCCAGGCCCACUGCAUCCCGAAGAUACUGGCGGGCCGCGACGUGCUGGGCCUGGCCCAGACCGGGAGCGGCAAAACGGCGGCGUUCGCGCUGCCGAUCCUGCAGCGGCUGGCGGACGACCCGUUCGGCGUGUUCGCGUUGGUGGUGACGCCGACGAGGGAGCUGGCGUACCAGCUGGCGGAGCAGUUUAGGGCUUUGGGAUCGUGUAUAUAUUUGAAGUGUUCCGUGAUUGUCGGAGGCAUGGAUAUGCUGACGCAAGCCAAAAGCUUGAUGGCCAGACCUCAUGUCGUCAUCGCCACGCCCGGGAGAAUCAAGGUCUUGCUUGAAGAGAAUCCCGAUAUUCCUCGUCUCUUUGCGAAGACCAAGUUUCUAGUUUUGGAUGAGGCAGAUAGAGUUUUGGAUGUUGGGUUCGAAGAGGAGUUGAAAGUGGUGUUUCAGUGCUUGCCAAAGAAUCGACAGACUUUGUUAUUUUCUGCCACAAUGACUAGUGACCUUCAGACGCUUCUUGAGCUUUCUGCAAAUAAGGCAUACUUUUAUGAGGCAUAUGAAGGGUUCAAGACAGUUGAAACUCUUAAGCAGCAGUAUCUUCUUGUACCCAAAGAUGUGAAGGAUGUUUAUCUGGUACACACUUUGUCUAAGAUGGAAGAUAUGGGUAUUCGUUCCGCCAUGAUAUUUGUCUCAACUUGCAGAAGUUGUCACCUUUUGAGUUUGUUACUGGAAGAGCUGGAUCAGAAAGUUGUGGCAUUGCAUUCAUUCAAUUCUCAGUCUCUAAGGUUAUCUGCAUUACAUCGCUUUAAAUCCGGUCAGGUUCCCAUAUUGCUCGCUACGGAUGUUGCCAGUCGUGGUUUGGAUAUUCCUACAGUUGAUCUUGUCAUCAACUAUGAUAUUCCAAGGUUUCCAAGAGAUUAUGUUCAUCGUGUGGGGCGUACUGCAAGAGCAGGCAGAGGAGGGUUAGCUGUCAGCUUUGUUUCACAGAACGACAUAGACCUUAUUCGUGAAAUAGAAGCUGUUCUUGGGAAACAAUUGGAUAAGUUCGAGUGCAAAGAGAACGAGGUGCUAGAUGAUAUCAAAAUGGUUUACAGCGCUAGACGCGUGGCGAUAAUGAAGAUGAGGGAUGAUGGCUUUGAGGAGAAGGCCAAAGAUAGGAGAAAGCAGAAACUAAAGACGCUAGCAGAGAGAGGAUUAUUGAAUAAGAGAAGUAAGAAGAGGAAAAGAGAGAAAAAAACCUGCUGAAUAAUAUAGGAUGAUCCGCUGUCAUUGUAAAAGGCCUUUUUGAUCAGUAGAAUAUUCUUGUAACUUAAUCCACAAGAGAAGAAAAGAGGGAUCAUAGAGUUUUGUGUUUGUUAUUUAAACCGGCGAAAAUUAAUUGUAUCGAGAACAUCGUUCAUGAAAGGAAAAUCUUAGAUUUUCCCCCCCUAAUUUUGAGCUUAAUAAGAUUUCUUGGGCAUCAGAUUUGUCGUU